GUAAAUUCCGUUAAGGUAAAUUUACCUGGGCAAAUUUACUUACUCGUAGCUUAGGUAGGUAAUAUAAGGUAAGGUAGGUAGGUAAAUUACAGCGGUCCAGAUUCCACUCCACUCCACGCGCUCUCUCAUUGGGUGCCUCCGCUGGGCAGCCCAGUCUCACCAGUCAGCACGCACGAUGACGAAGAGUACCUACCCUCGACCACGGCGCAUCUCCAGAACCCAAACACCUAUCCCGAAAGGAAACUACAUAACACUCGACGCCAAAAAUCCAAUGGAGACCUUCGCCUCUAGUUUUCUAUGAUGGAUAUCGAAGAAAAAGCUGCUUCGCCGGUGGGCUCAAUGGUCUUCACGGCCAUCGCCUUACUGGUUAUCAGUCUAGGAGUUCUGUUACUCUUGCGCCAUUACCUCCCGCUCCGCACAACGCCUGCGUACCUUCUGGUUCCUAUAUUCUUUGCACUUGGGUUGCCGGCUAGCAUUAUACUACUUGUGCCGAUAGAUCUCGCCUCCAGCGCAAGGAAUCAAGAUGCUGGAAGUCGAGGAAUCUGGCUGCCGGAUAGGCUACUUCUCGUCGGAUGGCGGAUCUCGUACUGGCUCACUUUUGCCUUGACAUGGUUUAUUCUGCCGAUCCUAGCAGAAUACGCGGACGCUGGAUACAGAGACCCAAGGGGACGAUUGCUGUUCUCAUUACGAGCCAAUGCGCAAUACCAGGCCCUAUUAUUUGGAGCCGGAAUUAUCGGAAUGAUCUAUGUGUUUGUAACGCAAAAAGCCUCGUUUGCUUCGCUAAAAGCAACCGUCAUGGCACUGGCUUAUUGCUGGGGUUUGAUGUUGGCGAUUUAUCUCAUGGGUCAUGGUUUGGUUGCUCUACCUAGGAAGCUGUUCAGAAAAGCGAGCAUUAGUGGGAGCUUGAAGCGGAUACAGGCCGCAGCUGCGAAGGUCCAUGAGAAAAUGGAAGACGCGAUUCAGAAUCUGGAAGACCUUGAAGCCCAGGUUUCGGAACUGGCCCAGCGAAAGACCGGAUCAGCCAGCAAGUUCAAGGAUUGGAUUGAGGAGCUUGCGGACGAUUCGCAUCUCCCGGAAUCUCGACCCAGAACUUUGACUCGACGUAUGUCUGUCCCAAGGAUUACUGUACCGAACGUGGUCACGGAGCGGUAUCUAGCAGAAUUAAGUAGGCAGCUCAAUAGAGCACGUCAUGGCCGUGCGCGGUAUCUCGAUGAAUGGGAUCGAUUGUUGCAAGAUGCCGUGCACACCCAAGCAGUCCUCGACUCUGCCGGGUCCAAGAGAAUAGAGAUUGGGCUAGCGUCACCAGAUGCACCCUUGAUACGCCGCCUCACUAUUUUAACGCCGUACACGCGAUACCUCUACUGCUACGUCUUCCUUCCGUACUUGAGGAUAGGCUUAGGCAUAUUCUUAUCAUUUGCGUCAUUCUCUAUCAUUUGGUCGGAAGUGAUCAAGUCGAUAAAUCCGCUUCUGUCAAUCAUCGCCGUCACAGUCGUCCAUCACCCAACAAGUGAGCGUGGACAGAUCGGAUUUGCUGGUCAGGUUAUUUCAGCGUGCUGGAUCCUGUAUAUGUGUAUAGCAGCGCUGACAUCUCUGACCGAAGUCAAAGUGUGGCGUGGGAGGGCUUUGGUAAAGAGAAACACGCAUGGAGAAAGUGCAAUGUGGUAUGCUAUGCAGGUUGCAAAGCUUUCUGUACCACUGUCUUUCAAUUUUUUAACUUUCCUGGCUCCGGACAUCUAUGAGGACACAGUUUUUUACUGUUUCCUGGGACAGCUUAUUCAAUUAACCCAACUUGGAGCUUGGUUUGACUGGUUAUUCCCGACCUUCAUCCUCGUUCCUAUUUGCGCAACACUCUUCAAUCUAUAUGGAAAAACGAAGAGCUGUAUUGGCUAUAGUGGGGUCAUUGAUAAUGACGAAGAAGAAGAGAAUGAAUCUGGAUAUGGAACCGGCUCCUGGCGCGAAGGUCGGGAUUUGAUCGAGCGAGAAUUGCAAGGUCACUCUUCACUAGGAAUUCUAGCAGCUGACCGACAUCAUGUUCCGAAUAACCCCAACAAUCGGGCUGCACCCACAGAUUCAAUCCCCCCUGCCCAAGGACGUGCUUUGGGGCAAGCAUCAGCCUCGAGGCCAAGUGUGGAUCCCCAACACCGAGAAACUGCACCCGAAGACGAGAACUUCUUCGAAGCAUUUGGUCACAGAGUAAGGAAUACCUUCGACACAGUGCAGACGCCCAAAUGGUUCCAAAAUGUAGGAGAAGGUAUCAAGCGGCCGAAAUGGAUGAGUGGGGACAGUGCUGGUCAGCCAGAGCCGAACCGUAGUGGCAGUGACUUCACUCGUUGGUUUGGUGGUAGCAGGUCUCAGGGCCAAGUCCGAUUAUAGAUAGGUUAUAUUCUUUUCAAGGCAUAGCGGCUGGAGUUUGAAUGGAAGUUUGAAGCAAUAGCUUGGAUGGUACGGCAUAGACUUCUGGUAUAAGUAUGUAUAGAC